AUGAGGUCGCUCAAGGAGGGCCUGAAGCUCCAGGCCCGCGCCAUAACCUCCGGCCGCCUCUCCACCACCGUCGCCGCCAACCAGCUCAUCAACCUCUACUCCAAACACGGCUUAACCGACGAUGCCCGCAACCUGUUCGACAAAAUGCCCCACCGAAACGUUUUCUCUUGGAACACCAUAAUCAACGCCUACAUCAAGUCCCGAAACCUCCGCACGGCGAGGGCCCUUUUCGAGUCCUCCCCUUAUCGAGACUCUGUCACGUACAACUCCAUGAUCUCCGGCUACACCCGUUUGGAUGGCCACGAAACAGAGGCCAUCGAGUUGUUCGCCCGAAUGCAGCUUGAAAGAGACGGGCCCUCACUAAUCGACGAGUUUACCCUCACCACAAUGCUUAAUCUUGCGGCGAAAGUGAAAAUCUUGCGUUACGGGACACAGGUGCAUUUGUAUAUGGUAAAAACCGGAAAUGACUCGAGCGGGUUCGCGCAGAGCUCGUUAAUCGACAUGUACUCGAAAUGCGGGAGCUUUUUGGAUGCUUCUAAAGUUGUUGUUGUUGUUAAUGGAUGUGGGUUUGGAGGUUGGGUUGAUUUGGUUGUGAAAAAUGCGCUCGUGGCAGCUUGUUGUAGAGAAGGGGAGAUGAAAAUGGCGCACGAGAUAUUUUUACGUAAUCCGGAGUUGAACGAUAGUGUCUCUUGGAACACGAUGAUAUCGGGGUAUGCCCAAAAUGGGUUCGAAUCGCAAGCGGUCGAGUUAUUCAGGCUCAUGGUUGAAAAAGGAAUCGAAUUGAACGAGCACACGUUCGCCAGUUUACUCGCAGCCUGUUCCUGUUUGAAAAGCUUGAAUCUUGGGAAAGAAGUUCACGUGCGUGUCCUUAAAAACGGGUUGUUUUUGAACCCGUUCGUAAGUAGUGGAAUUGUCGAUAUUUACAGCAAAUGUGGUGAAAUGAGUUACGCCGAGCGUGUGAACGAGUCUAUUGGUGUGGAAAACGUGUUUGCUAUGACUUCGAUGAUUGUUGGGUACUCGACACGAGGCGAAAUGUCGAAAGCCAAGAAACUCUUCGAUUCGUUGUCCGAGAAGAAUUUCGUCGUGUGGACCGCCGUAAUUUCCGGUCACGUGAAGCUACAACAAUGCGACGAGGCUUUUGAUCUUUUCCGCGAGUAUACCGCGCGAGAGGAAAAAAACGGGUUUUUUCCGGAUGGCGUGAUUCUUGUUAGCCUACUCGGUGCGUGUGCCACACAAGCGAGUGUGGACCCGGGAAGACAAAUCCACGCGUAUAUAUUAAGAACCGGUAUUCAAACGGACGAGAAAAAAACUAUAAGUGCCUUGAUCGACAUGUACUCAAAGUGUGGCUUCAUAUUGUACGCGCGGAGAAUUUUUCCAAGCGUCGAUUUACGAGACACCGUCAUUUACAACGUCAUGAUUUCGGGUCUAGCUCAUCACGGGUUCGAACGCGAGGCCAUCGAGUGUUUCGAGGAGAUGACUGGAAACGGGCGGCACAAACCGGACGCCGUGACGUAUAUCGCGAUUUUAUCCGCAUGCCGACAUUGUGGACUUGUCGAGGCCGGCGAGAAGUAUUUUUCCGAGAUGGAGGAAAAUUACGGGAUUGCCCCCGAGAUGGACCACUACGCGUGCAUGGUCGACUUGUACGGGAGGUCAAACAUGCUUGAAAAGGCGGUUGACUUCAUGGAUAAGAUGCCUUUCGAGCCGGAUUCGAUCAUGGUUAGUGCUUUCUUGAACGCGUGCAGGGAGAACCGAAAUGUGGAGCUGGCGAGAAUGGCUGAGAGGAAGUUGGAUGAGGUGGAAAGGGGUGCUGACGGGGCGAGGUAUUUCCAGGUGGCGAGCGUGUACGCGUCGGGUGGCGAGUGGGAAGAGAAGGGGAGGGUUAUGAGGAGGAUAAGAGAGAUGGAGGCGAAGAAGCUCGCGGGCUGCAGUUGGGUUCGGGCCGGUAACGGGCUUCGUGUGUUUACGAGUGGUGAUAGGUUGCAUUGUGAAGCUGAGGGUUUGGAUGGUGUUUUGGGAUUCUUGAUUGAUGAAAUGUGUGAUAAGGAUUGUGUAGAUGAUAGUUAUGUAUUGAUGGUAUAA